AUGGAAGGACUCUCUUUUCCAAAUGACUGGAGAACGACUCUAGUGGAGUUCUUGCGGUUAGGAGCUACAUUGUCCAAUUCAGAGGAGGCUCGCAUAUUAAGGAGGAGAGUCAGUCGGUUCACCCUGAUAGAGGAUCAGCUUUACAAAAAGGCCUUCUCUAGGCCUUUGCUUAAAUGUGUCGGAUCGGAUGACGCCGAUUACAUAUUGCGAGAGGUAUAUCAAGGCUCCUGCGGGGGACAUCCGAGAGGAUGCUCAUUAGCAAGGAAGAUCUUGUUGGCAGGAUAUUUCUGGCCGACCCUCCAGGAGGAUGCCGCCUGGACGGUGGCCACCUGUCUGUCUUGCCAGAAGUAUCAUAACCUCUCGCACCGGCUGAUCGAGGAGAUAAAGAUGCCCACGGUCUCUUGCUCGUUCGACCAGUGA